CCUAUUCAGUUCCAUUUCUCCAUCGCCUUCAGCCGCAAAACGCUACUGAGGUUUGCUAUUGGAGUAGGCCGGAGCAGAUCGAUUUAACUCUGAGAGAUGCUCCAAAAGAAACCAAAACUUCCUUGCGGAGUGAGAUGUUCCAGUUUGGCCUAAGAAAUGAUGUUCCAGUUUGGCAGAACUGCAGGAAGAAGAAGAAAAAACAUUCUGAUCUUUUUGGGUUUGGCAUGGGAGGUAUUGGAAAGAUUUAUUUGCCUUCACUCCUAGCCUAUAAAAAAAACCGUGCUGGUUUUAUUGUGGGUAUUUUAGUUGGAGUUGUUGUUUUAGGAUUGUUGGCUCUAUUUGAAAUUAUUUUCAUGAGACAAAGAAAAAGAAGGUUAAAUGAAGAAGCAGUGUUAACAGGACCGGAUGUGAAACUUUUCACCUUCAAUUAUGCCGAGCUAAGGGCUGCAACCGAAGGCUUCAAUUGGGUGAGGGAGGAUUUAGCCUAGUGUUUAAGGUUUGACUUUUCUUGUGUUUAUCAUUGGUUCAACGAUAAACAAGUUUACUUCUCUGCAUCAUUUGUAAUUAAGAGUGUUAUGCAUUCAAGUUAUUACCUAAAUGAAAGAAGGAAUUCAUAUUGGUCAAUAAUUUAAUGGUGAAGUUAAAUUUGUUAUUUUCUGUAUUUCUUACACUAAGUUACCAAUUCUUUAUUUGUAAAAUAAUAAGUUGGACCAAUUGAAGCAAAU